GUCACUUUUGACUGGUGGUUUAGGAAACGUUCUACAAAAUAGUAAUGGAGUGGUGGUAACCCUGAUUUACUUAGUAUUUUACCCACGAUGUGGGUCUGUAAAUGUUUCCUCAGUUUUAUACAUUUACUGUUGUACAUAAGAUGGAUCAUAGUUAUUUUAUUUGACGAAAUUAGGAGUUAUUUCUCGAUCAGUUCGAGAACGUGUACACAUGGAAAUAUUAGGAACGAUUCACUAAACCUCAUGAAACUUCCAAGACACAUCAGUUUCAUGGUUCUAGAGUCUGAUAUCAGUUUUGUAGACCUGGCUCAACUUAUUGUCUGGUCGAUGGCUAUGGGAAUUCCUUACAUCAGCGUCUACGACAGAGAAGGUACUCUUAAGAAGAAUGUAGCAGCCCUCUCAAGUGAAAUCAUUCGGAAGCAAAAAGAAGUUUUUAUGGAUGAAUCCAGCAAAUGUACAUUUGUUCUAAGAACAAAAGAUGUUAAAUUCGAUUGUGAGGUUCUUGCACCAACACAAGUGUGUAUCAGCUUGCUGUCUGAGCAGGAUGGAAAGGGAGACAUUGUUGAUGCUGCAAGGGAGUUUUGCAAGGGAGUCCAACUGAAGCAUAGAACACCUAAAGAAAUGGAGCCAGACAUUUUCAAUGGUAUUCUUAAAGCAACGUGUGGAAUACCAGACCCAGAACUUGCUUUGAAGUUUGGUGAUGCACAAUUGAUAAUGGGAUUUCUUCCAUGGCAAACUAGACUAACAGAAUUUCAGCCUUUAAGAAGUCAUGUCAACAUCAAAUAUUCCACUUUCCUUUCAUCUCUUACAAAGUAUGGAACAUGUCAACAAAGAUUUGGAAAAUGACAAGAAUUAUCUAUAGUGAUAUGAAAUGUUUGUAUAAUAGGGAAAUGAUUAAACUAAUUUUGGCAUUAUUUUUAUCAACAUUUUGUAUAAAUAUUUAUAACUACUCUUAACAUCUUUGAUUUUGUUCUUUUCCUCAAGUAAAUUCUGUGUACCUUAUCAAAGUGGGCAAAUAUCCUCUGUUAUAAAUUAUCUGAUCAGUAAAGUAAUAAAAAUACAAAGUUUCAUUGUACUUUUUCUUUAGAGUCCCUCAUUAAUAACUCUUACUAACCAAGACUGAGGUCCUUACUAUGAGUUACCAACUUGUGUUUCUUCCAAAACCUGAGUUGAAAACAUGUGACAACACAGUACAAACCAAGAGGUUAUCGAUGAAAGUAUUUGUUAUAUUCCUGAUUUCAAAUAGAGAGGGAAGAUUUCAGUUCAAACACACCUUUGAUUUAAGUGGGCUGUACAAUGAAAUACAGCAGACCAAAUUGACCCGUCAUAGUUUACGUAUUAACUGAGAGAUGUAAUAAUAAAGACAAAGAAUCACUUUCA